AUGCUGGGAAGCCCCUCCAAUAACGGCGGCGUGAGGAUGCUGGCGCCCCCGGGCCCCGGCGACGACAGGCGCGUGGAGUUCGUGGCCCUGGCCGCCGUGCACGCGGACCGGAGCGAGCCGUCGAGCCCGGAGCGCGCGCAGCCGCCGUCGCAGCGCACGGGGCUGCUGGGAACGCCGCUGCCCGUGCCGCCGGGAGCGCGCGCCGCCGCCUCGGCGUCCAGCAAGCGUUACAGGAAGCUGCAGAACUGCCUGUACAACGUGCUGGAGAGGCCGCGAGGAUGGGCCUUCAUCUACCACGCGUUCAUUUUUCUGCUGGUGUUCAGCUGUCUGGUGCUCUCUGUCUUCUCCACCAUUCCCAGCCAUCAGAAAACCGCCAACGAGGGGCUCUUCAUCCUGGAGUUUGUGAUGAUUGUGGUGUUUGGGCUGGAGUACUUCGUGAGGGUUUGGGCUGCUGGCUGCUGCUGUCGCUACAGAGGAUGGCAGGGGCGACUGCGCUUCGCCAGGAAACCCUUCUGUGUUAUAGACUUCAUAGUGUUUGUGGCAUCGGUGGCUGUGAUAGCGGCGGGCACGCAGGGGAACAUUUUUGCCACGUCUGCUCUACGCAGCAUGCGAUUCCUACAGAUCCUGCGCAUGGUACGCAUGGACCGCCGCGGAGGCACCUGGAAACUGCUGGGCUCUGUAGUGUAUGCUCACAGCAAGGAGCUUAUUACAGCCUGGUACAUUGGCUUCCUGGUGUUGAUUUUUGCCUCAUUUUUGGUCUAUUUGGCUGAAAAGGACAUCAACACAGAGUUCUCUACCUAUGCAGACUCCCUCUGGUGGGGAACUAUAACCCUCACCACGAUUGGUUAUGGUGACAAGACUCCACAUACCUGGCUUGGUCGACUUUUAGCAGCCGGCUUUGCCCUGUUAGGGGUCUCUUUUUUUGCCCUGCCCGCAGGGAUCCUAGGUUCAGGUUUUGCUCUGAAAGUCCAGGAACAGCACAGACAGAAGCACUUUGAGAAGAGAAGAACUCCUGCAGCCAACCUCAUACAGGCUGCGUGGCGUCUCUAUUCUACAGAUGCUCAGCAUUCAUAUCUUACAGCUACCUGGUAUUUCUACGACAGUAUGUUACCAUCGUUUAGAGAAUUGACGCUACUGUUCAGUCACCUCCAACGGCAGCGUAACACCAAGAAGGUUCUUCACAACUACCAAACCCUGCUGUCGGGCCUUCGGCCCUAUAGCUCCCUCUACCUGUCGGGGGACAGUGGGAAGAUUCCAUUUCGGGACCGCAUUAGGAUGAACAAUUCCCGCUCCACUCAGGCAAUCCGGGGCAAGGCUUCUUCCCCUGUGCCCCCAGGGAGUGUGCGCCGCUCACCCAGCACUGAAAACGUGCCUGAAGCCACCAGCCCUGGAAAGGUGCAGAAAAGCUGGAGCUUCAACGACCGAACCCGAUUCCGCACUUCACUCCGCCUCAAACCUCGUCCUGCCGCAGAUGUAGAGGGAGUUGGAGAAGAGAGCACAGAGGAUAAGUCGUACUGUGAUGUUGCUAUGGAGGAUGUUAUACCGGCAGUGAAGACCCUGAUUCGAGCCGUUAGAAUCCUCAAAUUCCUGGUAGCCAAACGGAAGUUUAAGGAAACACUACGACCAUAUGAUGUGAAGGAUGUAAUUGAGCAGUAUUCGGCCGGACACCUGGACAUGCUGGGCAGAAUCAAGAGCCUGCAGACAAGGGUAGAUCAGAUUGUUGGCCGCGGAGCUGUCCAAUCUGAUAAGAAGGUGAGAACAGAAAAAGGUGAAAAGACUCCUCCGGAACUGGAUCCGAUGGAUGAGCUGAGCAUGAUGGGACGUGUAGUUAAAGUGGAGAAGCAGGUGCAGUCAAUUGAAAACAAGCUGGACCUGCUGUUAAACUUUUAUUCUCAGUGCCUAAAAAAAGGCUCCUCCCACUUCACCCUGUCCUCUUUGCUGGAGCCUGACCUCACCUCUGACUACCAAAGUCCAACUGACCAACGCGAGCUUUUUCCCUCUGCCAACACGCUCAACAUUUCCCAGUCAGACAGUGGGAAUAUGGACUGACACCAGGAGAGAACAGGGGGACUGUGUGCGUCCAGCAGCCCCACAGUGACU